AUGCACGAUCUUGUGCAUGAUUUGGCUGGAGAUAUCUUAAAAUCUAAACUAUUUUAUCCGAAGAGCGUUAGAGGAGAAAAACUUUCUCAAGUUCGAUACUUUGGAUGGGACUCACCAAGGGAUCAAAUAGAAAAGAUAAAUGAGCCAGAACGUGUGUGCACACUGUUCUGGAGAAGCAAUUAUGUAUCUGAAGCUAUGCUAUUGAGCUUUAAGUUCUUGAGAGUUUUAAAUUUGUCCUGUUCAGGAAUCAAGGUGUUGUUUAGGAAAUGUUGUCAAAUAGAAGAAUUUGGUCGUUUGAAAAACCUUAGAUGUGAAUUGACAAUCAAACGUCUCCAAUUAGUCGUAAAUAAAGAAGAGGCUCGAACAACAUAUUUACAGAAGAAACCAAAUAUCUACAAGCUGGCAUAUUUAUGGUCCCAUGAUGAAUCGGAAGGCUGUGAGAUCAAUGAUGAGCAUGUAUUAGAUGGUCUUCAACCGCAUCCAAACUUCACUAAAUUUCCUUCAUGGUUCACUAAAGGAUUGUUACCAAAUUUGGUGAUGUUGAAAUUAAGUGGUUGCAAGAGCUGCAAACAUAUUCCAUCGCUUGGCCAAAUGAAGUUCCUUCGGCAUCUUGAGCUGCUAGGAGUCCUUUCAAAGGAGUAUAGGCCAAUUGUUGAGGAUGGAAUCAGCGCUCCAGCGAAAGGCGAAGCUUUGACAAAUGCUCAAAAGACAGAGUUUGAAGGAAGAAAGCUGAAAGAUUUGAAGGCCAAAAAUUACCUCUUUUAG